ACUAAACAGUGAGGGAAGCAGAAAGAGAAGGUAAGUAGCCCACAAAGAUCUUUUUAUUAGGCAUAGUUUAUGGUACUGAGAAUUUGGUCUUAUCCACAGAACAGAGAUCAGUGUGAUGGAGAUACCUAAAAGAAUCCGUAACCCAAUCAAAAAAAGAAAAGUCAGUGAGCCAGUCACUGCCCUACAAAAUGAAGAACAAGAAGGACUUUAUGUUUUUCUAACAUUUGAAGAUGGAUAUACUGCAAUAAUUUGUAAGACCUGCGACAUACUUACAGAAAAGGAGUCACCAAUUACUAGCUUUGAGGGACUCAUUCCAGGAGCUCGAGUUCUUGCAAGAUGGUCAGACAACAAAUUUUAUAAUGCCACUGUAGAUCACAUUGGGUUCUGUGACCAAAAGCAGGACCCGAGAAAGGGUGCAAAGGACAUAAAAAGAAAUUAUGCAUCUGCUGAAUCAUUUUAUAACCAGAAUCGGGUCGCUUCUGCACCAGCUGAACAUGGUCCUUCCUCUGCACUAACCCAGCCUCCGUCUCCAGGAUUGCCACCAACCCAACAUCAAUCUGUGCAAUUACCAUGCUCUGUUAAGCCUUUUAAUCCACAGCCCAUGACACCAUCUGAGUAUUGUAAUCAAGACCAGCCAGGUUUCUUAGAUUUAGAUGAACAUCAAAGACAAACCAUUACACAUAAUUCAACCCCAAAAGAAACAUUUUUGGGGCUUCUGUAUAACCCGUCUAUACCUCACCCCUCAGCUGAAGUUACAAUUCAGGAUGACCAGCUUGGGUUAGAGCCUGAGGAGUAUGAAGAUCCCACAGUCAGAACACAGAAUUAUUCCUAUGAAAAUGAACAAUGGGAGCCAUGUGAAACAUGCAAGCUGGAGGUACAGGCAUUACUUAAAGAGAAUAAGAUGAUGAAAGAUGUGCUUUCCAGCAUGAGUAAGUAAAAUGAUUGCAUGUAAAGGGACAUUUCUGAUUCAUUAAUAAUUCC